UAUAAAUAGCCCGAUUUUUCCUCAACUCAAACACACCUCUUCCAACCCUAAAUCAGUUCAAAACACCUUCUUUCUUCCUCCAUUUUCGAGCUCCAAAGGUCUUAGAGAGAGAGAAACUUCAAAUCUUCAUAUCUUCUUCAUUUUAGCUCCAAAUUAUGUCUGGAGGAAGACGUGACGAUCCCAUUUUCGAGGAGCCACCACUAGGACGGGAAGACCCGCCACCUCAGCCUGAUAUCCCAUUUGCUACUAUUGCUGAUCGCAGACGCUUCCAGGCAUGGGGGCAAUACCGCACACUCCUUCCUCCCAUGAUCCUGGACCCGACGAUGCUAGAGGAAUGGGGGUACUGGGAUGACAUUGAUGCCCUGCUAGGAGACUCUUUAUGGCGGAGGAUUCUAUUCGUUCAGGAGAGGGCCAGCCUUCCAUUGACGAUGGAGUUUCUGUGCUCCGUUCAGUUCACUCAUUACGGACAGGCUGUGCAGGAGGGUGCUGUUAUUGGGUCAGAGUCUCGGAUGAGGUUUACUAUUCUAGGCAUGGAGCACUCCAUCACUGUGGCUGAGCUCGGAUGGAGGAUGGGGCUCUAUACCCCAGCAUACACACAGACUGAGGAGUUCCGUGCUCUUCCGACCCGCUUACCCGAGGCAUUUGACAUUGAUGAGUUCUGGCACAGACACUCCACAGACACCAGAUCAUUUCUCCGGAUGCACCCCCAUUCGAACAAAUGGAGGGAGACUCACUGGUACAUACUCUCGUUCGUACUUUCUUGUGGUUUUUUUGGACGACCUAACAACACAAACAGGUUGUCCAAAAAGGACAUACUAUUCUUUUGGAGUUUGAUUCACCGCAUCCCGGUGAAUAUGGCUGUCCUUAUGGCUCGUUUCUUCCGGAGCCAGGGGAAGACUGUGCGGCGCACUAUCCAGGCAGGGCCUUUCAUCACUACCCUCGUUAGAUCCUUCUACCCAGAUCUAGACAUUCCAGGGCUAUCACAUUUACAGGAGAGCAUUCGCGUUCUUCGAUCCUCAUCCUUUACCAACAUGAGGAUCAAGAAGAAGCGGAAUACUCAGGAGCUCCCAGGUAUUGAGCAGCCGACCCAGCAGAGUAGUUCUUCUCGACCCUCAGGACAUGAGGGAUCUAGCGAGCCCUUUUCAUACAUGCCUAGCGCCACAGAUUGGAGAGCGAUGAUGGAUGGGAUGAGGAGUCUACAGACCUCAGUUUCAGAGAUGCGGGUUGCACAGGACAGAGGACUCCAGGAGAUGCGAGAGGCGCAUGAGACGGCCCUGGGAGAGUUCAGAGACUUUCGAUUAGCUCAGGAGAGAGCCACCCAGGAUAUGCAGGCGGAGCUAGAGACCCAGAGGCUAGAUAUUGAUGAGAUGAGAGAUUGGCUUAGGCCACACUAUGGCCCCCAGGAUGGCGCAGGCGAUGUUUAGAUUUGCUUCUUCCUUAACAUUUUUAUCAUGUUUGUUUGUUCUUCAGGUUGGACAUUGCGCUGCUCUUUUGACUUGAAUGCUCUUACAAACUGACUAUGGAUGAUGUAAGGAUUUUAAAAAACCAUUUUACUCCUGUUUCAUUAUUUCUCUUCACAAAAUCUUUUCAAAACUCAAGUGUGAGGAGGUUGCGUUUUACACUCAAAAGUCAAAACCUUGUUUUAGAACAAUCUUUUUACUAUUUUUGAUAUGAAACAUUAAUUUCUCAAUUUGUUAUCAAUUCACAAAAUAGUUUAGAAAAUCACCCUUAUUAUAAGAAUUUACUAUUAUUAUUAUUUUUGAAAACUUAAAAUUGUUAUGGGUUUUUGGUUGCGAAUGUAAAGGUCUGAAUUUGUUUUAAUUGGACAUUCAUUUUUUUUCAUAAAAAAAAAAAAUGUUACUAUUAAUAAACCUCUUCAAAACUCAUUGUUAUAGGACAAUUCCAUCUCCGAAAAGGGGCUCUGUUUCAUUCGUUAAUCACAGUCUGUGAGAAUGAAAUAUGCAUUUACCAUGGGAUAACACCGCCAACAAGAGUGAAAAAGAGCAAAAAAAAAAAAAAAAAAAAAAAAAAUGGUGAACAAGAUGAAUGUCCAAAUUAGAAUAAUGAAAACCUUGGGAUAAGGAAUUGAUCGGUGGUUUAACAUAAUCAAUAGUUUUCUUCAGUAAUAAUAAUAGUAAAUUCAUAUAUCUUGGGUGAUUUUUCUAAAAUAAAAAAAAUUGAGAAUAAAAGAGAGGUUUUUGUUUCUACUUCUUUAAUAGCAAUUCGAUUGUGAUAUAGUCAGGUUUUCCCUUUUUGAGUGUGUUUCCAACUAAUUCGUCGCUUGAGGACAAGCAACGCUUAAGUGUGAGGAGAUUGAUAAGUCCAUUUUUGUACUUAUUUUUCUUAUCAAAUUUAAGCGAUUUUUGAUUGAAAAUAGAAAGAAAAGGCAUGUUUUAGAUAUUUUGGUUCAAAUUUUAUGAAAUCAGGUGAAAACCACAUUCAUCGUAUGUUUGUCGGAAUUUCGGGUCAAUUGAGCACAAAAUGAGCCAAUUCGAGCAACAAAUGAUAUCAUACCGAAAGAAGGAGACAUUAUUUCAAGGUGGUCCAGAAGACAAUAUUGAAGAGCACAAAAUAAGGAACAAGCCGGACAAAUAAUCUCAAAGGCGGCCGUGCAGGCGGCCACAAUGAAGGCCUUCGCGGCCGCCUACGGUAUUUUUGGAAAGUCAAACCUUGACUUUGACCGGAUUCGGAAAAGACCGUAGGCCGCCGACACUGGACGGAAGGCGGCCGCCUACGGUGACCGCCUGCGGCAGAAGACGACGAAGCAACCACCGGCCGGUGGGAUUUGACGGCAGGCGGCCAGACAGGAACGGCAGGCGGCCGCCUGCUGGACCGCCUGCGGCGGCCGGGAUCCGCCGGGAUCCGCCGCGAUCCGAUUUGACCGUGAAACGACGGCAGGCGGCCAAUUUUGGUGGAAGGCGGCCGCCCUCUGUGGCCGCCUACGGCUGACGGAGACCAGCCCACGCGAAGUUGCCGGCGAUUCGACGGCAGGCGGCCAGUUGCUGCCGGAAGGCGGCCGCCUGCCCGGGCGCCUUCGGUGAAAUUUCUCCUAUAAAUAGCCCGAUUUUUCCUCAACUCAAACACACCUCUUCCAACCCUAAAUCAGUUCAAAACACCUUCUUUCUUCCUCCAUUUUCGAGCUCCAAAGGUCUUAGAGAGAGAGAAACUUCAAAUCUUCAUAUCUUCUUCAUUUUAGCUCCAAAUUGCCCAACACUCAUUUCAAAAAGUAUAGUGGUCAUUGUACUUGUCAAAUGCUUCCAAGUAUUGACCUCCCCUUCACGAGGGAGGCCACAUCACAGUUUCAGGUAGGGGAUAAAGCUCACUAUCAUCGCCUGUUGCUUUGGGAAGCUCGAGGAGAGAAGACGUGGUUCGUGCUUCCUCCGUUUCUAUUUUAAAAAUAUUUAAAUGAAUGCUCAUGAAUAUUAUUUUAUGAAUAAUUAUUUGGGCUUGUAUGCCCGUGUUUGCCACGUGUGGCUUGAAUACUUGUAUUAAUGUUUCCGCUGCUUAAUUAAAUAUUUUAUAUUAUGAUUGUUUAUGGA